UGGAGGUUAGUUGAAAGAGGAACGGGAUUUGGAAACCACGCGGUUUUGUGCGAGAUUUGGCUCCUAGCAACAACGUGCAAAGAAAUCCACAGCGACGCCCAGUGAUGGAUGACAGAAAUGAAUCCCAUGGCACUAAUCGCAAAGAGCAGGGGGUUCCCCGGUGUCCUGGCAAAAUUCCCAACCUGGCUCUUUCCAUCUGGCCACCUUAUCAUCCCCCAGUGUAAUUGGCUUUCCCUCCUUCUCCACCUCAAGCUGAUGUGUGGUGAGCGUUCUGCUGCAAAAUGGCUGCCGUGCUACACAUUGCUGGUGGUUGAGAAUUAAACCACUGGGAGUGAACUAAAGAAAAGACAAACUUCCACAAUCGAGCCUCAACUGGAUUCAACUUCAUGAAACCUCGCUGAAAUGUCAGGGGGCUGAGCUCUCCACCAAUCAAAUCAUCCGUGUCCCCCUUGAUACUGGACACAUGGAACGGUGCCAUGCCUCUCAUCCUCAUCUCACAUCCACCUGGAGACGCAUUCACCUGGCUUUCUGAAGCAGACAUCUUGUUUUUUAAUUGCUUACAUUCACAUUCAGCCCUAGUGGCCCGAUCUCCUGGAGAUAGCAGACCUGCCUCACAGAUGCCAUGGCAACUUUCCCCAAAGGCGGGCAACCAUGUUGCCAUGGGUAGCCAAGUGUAGAGUACAGCUGACACUCGAGGGCAUGCCAUCUGAGACUGGUUCAAAUCCAACAACUGCAGCAGAGGAGCCAAGCCUCCCAGCAGAACACCUCUGCAGUACUGGAUUCUGUGACAUGGAAAAGGAGUCAAACAGGUCUUGCAACGAAAAGCCCAGAGCAGUUUCUCCUUCAUCUGAACGACAAAGACAACCUGGAAAAGAUGUAGCAGCUUUAUUGAAGAGACUAAGGAUUCACCCAGAGGCCCAAAGGAUUCUGGGUAAUUCCAGCAUACCUGUAGUGAGCUUGGAGCGUCUGAACUUCCAGUCCUUAUCAUUUCUGCAGCCUGUGGUUUCUCUGGUACGACUGCCAUGCCAAACGCAAGCCAAGUUUCACAAUGAUGUCUCCUGCUUGGAUCGACCUCAAGAGAAUGGAGUCAGUCAAAAUGGGGAAAACAUUUUGGAGAUGAGAGAAAUGUCACCUCAGUCUAAACCAGCAGAGUCGUCUGAUCUCAGCCAAGCAGAAACAACACCAACCUCCUGGACUGAACCGUACUGUCCUGACAGCUCCCCCUCUGAAGGACCAGAGCAGGACUCAGGCUUUGACUGUGAAUCUAAUCCAGAUCAGCCGUAUAUCCUGUUUGAUUCUGGAUCUGAUGAAUGGGAUCCGGAUGCGAAAACUGAUUCAGAGACAUUUUUUUUGGAUCCAGAUGUAAAGAUGGUGAUCGAACUGGAUCCAGAACCAGAAGGAGAUCAGGAUCGAUCCCUGGAGCUGGAGGAUGAAUAUGAAACUAAAUGUGAAAUGGAUAUAGUUGAAAUAGAUGACAGUGAAGAUCAAAGACUUGAUCCUUGCUGCUCACAGGAGGAGGUGGACUCAUCCAUGCAGCAGCCUGGACCUGCAGCAGGGACUGAGGAGAUGGAGAGCGAAGAUUUCUGUGCUGUGUGUCUGAACGGAGGAGAUCUGCUCUGCUGUGACCGCUGCCCUAAAGUUUACCACUUGGCCUGUCAUAUACCUCCUCUCAUCAGCUUCCCACUAGGUGACUGGGUGUGUACGCUGUGCAGAACUGAUCAGGAGCCUGUGGAGACAUACGACUGUGAGAACAUGCACUCCUGUGGGGGAGUCAAAGCUCCAUACACACUGUCCAACCAGGACCAGAGGAGGUGUGAGAAGCUGACUCUGCUGUUGUACUGUUUCCCGCUCAGCGCUCCGUUCCACGAACCUGUCAGCCCUCUGGCCCGAAACUACUACCAGAUCAUUAAGAGGCCCAUCGACCUGUCAGUGAUCCGCAGGAAACUGGACAAGAGCAACACUCUCCACUACUUCACCGCCGAGCAGUUUGUCGAUGACGUCCUGCUGAUGUUCAAGAACUGCGCGACGUUCAACUACCCAGACUCAGAGGUGGCCCAGGCCGGUCGAAAGCUCGAGGUGUUUUUCCUGAGCAAAUUGAAGGAAAAUUUUCCUGACCGGACGUUCCCAUCGGCCAGCCAGGACAGAACGGACAGAGCUCGCCUCCGGUGGCUCAGCAGGAAGAGGAAGGAAAACAACAGGAAGAAGAGAAACAUGUUUAGUGGGAAAAAAUAUUACCUAUAACUAGUUUAAACAAUACAUGCAGAGUUGUAUGUUGUUGCCUUAAAGCCUUUAAAUUAAUGGAGAACGUGUUAAGGUCCAAAAUCAGAUGUUGAUUUUGAAAACUGUUACAAAAAAUGUUUACUGUGUACUUUAAUGUUGUACUUUUUCAUGAAGGAAAUCACAUUAUGGGGAACUAAGCAGGCUGAGUCAUUUUCACAUUUCAGGUAUUUUCACAGACUUUCAGGUAAAAACAUUUUUUCAAAAGGGAUCGAUACUGUUUACUGAUUUAGAAUGAAAUCCGUCAAAUGUAAAUUAAUCACUUCUUUUCAUAAACAUCUCGUGAAAUGUGAAUUAAACAUUUUCCUGGUUGUUUAACAGAGUGAAAACUAAGAAGCACGUUUGGAAAAACAUGAACUUUUAGAGAGGUCAAUCUACUUCUUAAAUGUACUGUAUGUUUUUUCAGAUGUGUGAUGUGACUUACAUGGUAAUUCAGUUUACUUAGGUUAAACCAGGGCCUCACAGCUCUGAUACAGGUGAUACAGCUAUAAUAUGUGGAAUUAUAAGUAUGGGAGAAACCUUGCACCACUUUUUCAUAAUAUACAAAAUCUUUCUCCUGGCCAUAUUUCUUUUCAACAAGGUCAAGUGUAUGUUUUCCUUUAGUCACUGUUACUGUUUCAGAGGGUUUCUAAAUGCUUAUAAAAUGAAACUACAUAUAACGGAAUGAAAACACAACAGUACAUUAAUCAGUGAGAAACAGAGUGAGAACAGGUACAAAGAAAAACUCUACAAACCCCCACAGUGGGGAAAGUUAUAGACUAUUAUAUAAAACAUAAUUCCCCAAUCAGUGUUUUCUUUGAUCCCAGACCUUUUCAGACCUCUUAAGACCCAUUUUGUCUGGUGUAAAAGUUCUGCCACUAGAUACACAGACGUCCAUUAUGUUCUUAGGUUUUAUAGGUGUUAUUGAACACUAUGUGGACUGAACUUGAACUGUGUGUUCAGAAUUUGUACGAGCAGUUGUGAAAGUGCAGCUUUGAUUUGUGUAGGAAUUUUGCACUUUGAACUCAAUUUGUAUUUUCUUAUUUGAAAUUCUGAUUUUAACUUUUAAAUUAUAAAGCUUAAGAAUUAAAUAAAAUAAAAUUUGACACAAAACUUACAAAUUCUUUACAUAAGAUACACAUAUAGUACAUAUCAGUCAAAUCCACGUGUCUAGUGUGUCCUUCAUAUGUGAAAGAACAGUCUGUCCAACAGCAGCUACAUGUGCUGUCUGUCCCUGCAGUGCUGUGACCUGUUUUACAUGCUGAUGGGUUAAACUGCAGCUGAAAGACAGAAAACUAUGACACCAAGAUGUUAAAGCAGCUUUUACCAAUAACUUCCAGGCUGGGAAAUAAACACCAGCUAAUACAGACAAAUAUUGCUUUUGUAUACAGUUUGAUAAAUUAUCUACUGUAUCUUACUGCAGCAGGUAGCUGCUGAAUGAAAUGGAACAAAUCUUUGUAAUCUGUAAAAAGCCUUAAAUCUUGUAUAUUGGAUUUUAUUCACUUGCUGCAGUUCUUUUUUAAUACUUUAACAGUUUUUUGAUAAAAAUUACAAUAACUAUUUCACAAAAGAAUUUAAAAAAAUCUAUGACUUUUAUCCCCCACCCCUGCCUCUCUAAAAAAUAUCCAUGUUACCUUGUGCAUAUUAUAAAUAAACAUGUCACUAAAAGAGAAACAAAA